AUGAAAAGCAGCAACGUGCGUGACAGUCCUCUAAAAAACGCCAUUGGAAUUACUUUUAGAAAGCCUGUUUCUGAAAAUCGGCAUAAAUCAUCUCCAACUGCCUCCAGAUUAAACGUUGGUACAGUUCCUUCAAUAUCGACUGAAAAAUCACCUUUUAAAGAAUCUGCAGAAAAUCCACGCACUCCAGCAGAUUUCAAAGGCAAAGGUAUAAGCGCUAAAAGAGGCGUCAACUUUAGUCUAUCACCAGAACCGCGUGCUAUUGAGCGUCAAGAAGAACGAUGGCUUCAACAAGCAUUAUUUGAAAGUGCAGAAAAACCGGUACCGUCUUCUGAGAAAAGAAGCGCACUUACAGAUGUUUCCAAUAGUCCGCUAAGGAAACGUCAGAAAAUAGUCAAUACAGAUAAAAAAGAAGAUCAGAAAGCCGCCAUAAUAUUACCAGAAAUUAGUACACCCGUUAAACCCCCGGUGAAGGUUUUUAGAGAUGAUCGUAUUCAGACUGAAGAAAUACAACCAAUUAAAGAGGAAAAUGAUGAUGCAAUCACGUCUGCGACUGUGACUGCUACAUCUGAGCCAGCAUUAGUUGAGGAUCCUUUUAGUCUUGAUACAUUGACUGCAAACUUACUUAUAACGGAAAUUGUUGAUGUAAAUGCCAAAGAGGCUGGUAUCAGAAAGCUAGGAACAGGAACCACGACUUCUGCGACUUCUGCGACUUCUAGGGACAGAUCUCGCAGGGGAAUCGCAAGGGUCAGAGGUCGCCGAGGUCGUCGCGACCAAGAGAAAAGGGAUGAAGAAAACAAAGAAACUACUCCUGAAAAAAUACCGGAGAAAGCUUCGGCAAAAAUUUUACGGAGGCGUAAACGAGAUGUGGAAAUUUACCAAGUUUUAUCGCCUCCACAAUUACAUAGUUCUUCAGAUGAACAAAAUAAAAAAUCACAACCGGAAAUCGACGAAGUUAGUGACGACGAAGAAAAUGUUUUUGAAAAACAAAAUCCAGUGGAUAAUAACACAACCAAGAGCAUACCCCAAACAAAGCUUUCUAAAAAAGUUAAAAAUCGAAUUGUUCAACCGGAGUCGCUGCUGCCCAUCCGUCAUUUUGUGAAUCCUUCUAUGACUGAAAUGAUGAAGCGGAAACGGUAUCGGGAACAAGUUCAAAAUCAAGAUGUUAGUUUUACGCAACAGAUGCGUGAUGCUGAUGACUACAUUGCUAGUGAAAUUGUGUUAAUUGACACGGAAACCAAUGAUAAAUCAAUCGAGCAAAAGUCAUCAGAAGCAAAUAAAGCUGUGGGUAAAAUGCAAAGUAAACACCCAUCUGUUGUCAACUGUCGAAAAUCUUAUUCAAGGCGGUCUUUACAAUCAUAUCCAGAGACUUUGGAUGGUUCAGAUGAUCAAAAAUCUAGUAUUUCGAGCAGUAGAAACGACUCAAGUACAUCGCCGGAGUCUGUGUAUAGUAUGGGAGAAGCUUAUACAGAUUAUGAUUCCACACCAAGGCAGCUGCCACUUUCGCAUGCACUGAAAAGACUACCCACAGAAAAGGAGCGUGAAGAAAAACGCAAACGUGCUGAAACAUUUGCAGCUUUGAGAGAAAAGUUUGCCCAAAUUGAUAAGUGGAAAUUACGUGUUGAUUCAGUUGAUGUCAGUCCAGAUGAUGCCUCAUUUUCCGGUUAUGCAACUGUUACUAAAUCGUCAUCGGAAUCAUCACAGCAAUCAUCCCCAGCUCAGUCUUUGGGAUCAUCACCACCCUCUGAAGCUGCUGAAGAACAGAAUGUCAGCAUCACUAAAGAAACCCCAAAAGAUAACUCACAUAAAUCGGCGUCACCACAAAUAAUAUCUACCCCACCAGUGUUACGGCGCACACGACAAUCUUCAUCACAAGAAGAAUUCUCAGAACAUGAUAUUGAGUUGAUUGAUGAUGUCACAUUUGAAUAUAGCGACUAUGAAAGUUUGGAAGACCUGGGCAAGAUGUAUUCAUCUAGCGAAGGCGACAUUCAAAAAGAACUUGACAAAAGGAUUUCUUCGAGGUCAGAAUCUUUGGAAAAACCAACAACGUCUCGAACCAACUCCGUGCUUUUGACUAAGUCUACAACAUUGGAACAAACAACGACGUUAGAAAAAUCGACAACAGUGCUGAAUAAACCAGAAACACCUCGGAUUAAGUCUAAAAAGAAAACCAAAAGCUCUCCUAAAGAUACCAUUUCUUUCAUAUCUACCCCUAAAUCUCCUUCGAAUGAUAAACUUAAAACAACUGAAAUUCCUCGCAGACGAACACGAUCAACUAUAAAGAAUUUAAACACUCUGAGUGCAAGUGAGGAUGAAAUCGAGUUAUUGGAAUAG